UUGUCGCAGUAAACUUCAAAAUUAUAUGUGUCAAACUUUUUUCAACUCAUCAUGAAAACCAUCUUUUUGUUUGGAAUUAAUUCUAGUACCAUGUUUUAUUAAGAUGACUGCCAGUGUUAAAAGUUUUAAGGAUACGUUUGGUUCUUACCCGCACGCCCCCACCACUAGUUUCCUAAGAUCGAGCUACAUCCAGAAAGAUGUUCCGAUGGUUUCUUCCCCGAUCCAGCUUUCCGCAACCGUGCCAGAAGCAGUGAGAAAAAUGCACGUGUCCCAAUCUAGUGUUUUGCGUUCGUUACGGUCCGUCAGGGAACCAAUAAUCUCUUAUCAGGAGACCAGAGGAGUGUCGAGGAAUGAAGACAUAACCUUCCUCGCCCUCCUCACCUCUCUAUGCACCCACGCCUAUACGGCCGCCAUCACCAUUCUGGUAAUGCUGUGGAAUUUGGCCCCCCUGCUGGACGGUUUCGUCUAUUUCGCUCGAUUCUUUCUGGAUCGGCUCAUACAAAUUUUCGAGACCCAAGGACAGAAAGAGAAAAUCAUCAGGGCGGCCGUAUUUUUAGGUGAAAUUUUAGUGAUACUCUUUCUAAUUUUUUUAAUAAUGGGUCUAAUUUUCAUGCCGGUGUAUGUGCUUGCUGCGAGAAUUGUGAGCAAAAUAUGGGGCAUGAUCAUGUGGUAAAAUUAAGUACUGUAAUAAAUGUUUUGGAAGGAGU